CUGCCUGAAAAGCAGAGCAAAACAGAGGAGCAAAAGCGUGAGAGACAUCGAGAGAGGGAGGGGGAGAAAAAAGAGAGAUCACAGAGAGGAGAGAAGUCAUUCAGACCAGGGAGAGGGAGCGAGCUGGAUGAAGCUGACAAGGACACAGAGAGAGGAAAGCGCACACAGAAGCCUUUCCUGAUGGAAGAAAAGCAAGGGAGUGCUCGGACAAAGUGAAAAAGAAGAAGAGGAGGAGGUGGGGGUGCCCGACAGGAGGUCGAGCUUACGGGGCUUGACUGACAUAAAAGACAAGAGGAGGAGGAGCAUGAGGGCAAGUUGAUGGAUUUGAUUUGGAGAGAGUAUUUUUAGAAGGAGGAGCGGAGACAUGAGGGGAAUAUUGAGAUUAGAGAUCCUGUCUGUGAGUGGGGGAGACAAAACUAGGGGGGAAGAAGAAAGAAUAACAGGAGACAGAUAAAGCGGGGAGAGAUGUUGAGAUGUGAGUGUGACAGAACAGAUUAUCUCUGGUCUGGUUUCCCGCAGGAAACCGCUGUGAGUGUUUGUCCGUGUACGUGCAUGAGUGCCUCCUUCUCCAUGUGAAAGUGUGUUGUGGUACGUCUCUAACUGUGGCCGCGCUGCUGAGAAGCAGGUCCGCUGCACGAUGAAGCUGUCCCGUGUUUACCUGCAGGACCUAAUAACGCCGGUUAAAACCGAGUUCAGGGACAGACGAGGAGCGGAUCAGUGACAUCAGAAAGAACUAAAGGCACCAAAAAGUGAGACGAGAAAGUGGGAGAAGAAAACAAAUGGGGAUGGUAGACUUUUGUGAAUUCAAUUAAACCACAUACUUAAUAGUGACAAGGAAGUGAUUGCUGCCUCUGGCUGAUGAAUGCUUCUGCAAGCCUGUGAAGCUCAAAAACACAUACUUAACCCAAAAGAAGACAAACCACAGCGCUGGAACACGGCUCUUCUCGCGGACUGCACCACACCAACCAAUUCUGUCCUCUGUCAUCUCAUUAUUUUAAUUACCUUCCCUUCUUUCAUUUGUUUUUUGUCCUCUGUACUAAGCCCGUGGUAUUUUGUAUUCUGUCCUCUUCUCUCCCUCUCUCCUCCCCUCCCUCUUCCUCUUGCCUUCGCUCUCUCUGUCUCAUCCUCUCUUGUUCACUGUCACCCUAACUGCCGUGGAUGCUGGAGUCAUUCAUGUAGAAGACACCUUGCUUGGAGCACAUUUGCCUAGCUGAUUUUUUUUUUUCUGUCCCUGCUGAGCUGGAUGAUUGGAGCACUCUCACAUGGAGAGACCAAGAGAAAUGACCAACAAGUAGCUGCUGCUCAGUUCAACAGAGCUCCUGCACCAAUAAGAGAAGGCAGCUUCAAAACACACAGCUUUCGUAAGGUCACUUUUUUUGUGUGUGUGCGUGCAGUGUUAAUGCACUUCAAAGUCUAUAGGUCUGUAGUGUUUUUUAGGGCCAACACAUAUCCAUGUGUGGAUUACAGUAGUGGAUUUAUCCUGGAGCUACAUGUGGGCCCCAGCCCCUAAGGCCUGGCUGGGAAAUGAAGCCUUUCCCGCGGCUUUAGGAGCACUGUGGACAGCGAUGGCCUUGGAAGGGCGCUGUCUCCGGAGGGGAUCCCCGGCCAUGAUCAGAAAAGGCCGUCAGCGGCGUCAUCCAAAGCCAACUCUGGCCCAGGUCACUUCCACUCUGCUGUCAAGGACACGCCUACACGGGUUGCGGCAUAUUUGCGUCCCUGGUGGCUCUGUGGGCCGCAGGGCCUUCUGGCUUCUGGCACUCUGCACCUCUGUAGGGUUGCUUUUAUCCUGGUCCUCCAACCGCUUACUCCACUGGCUUUCCUUUCCCACAUACACGCGAGUCCACACUGAAUGGGCCAAAGAACUGGCUUUCCCUACAGUCACUAUCUGUAACAAUAACCCUAUCCGCCUCUACAAACUCACCAAGAGUGACCUGUACUUUGCUGGCCACUGGCUGGGCCUGCUGCUUGCUAACCGAACAGUGAGACCCAUGGUUUUGGACUUGCUUCAGGAGGACCGUCGCACCUGGUUCAAGAAACUGUCAGACUUCAGGCUCUUUCUCCCACCCAGAAACUUUGAAGGGACCAACCUGGAGUUUAUGGACAGACUGAGCCACCAACUGGAUGACAUGCUCCUGUCCUGCAAAUAUAGAGGAGAGCCAUGUGGAGCUCAUAACUUCUCUUCUGUGUUCACCAGAUACGGGAAGUGCUAUAUGUUCAACGCAGCAGAGGAGGGGAAAACGCUGCGUACCACCAUGAAGGGAGGGACUGGAAAUGGCCUGGAGAUCAUGCUCGACAUCCAGCAAGAUGAGUACCUGCCUGUAUGGGGCGACACAGAAGAUACAGCCUUUGAGGCAGGUGUGCGGGUACAAAUCCACAGCCAGGCAGAGCCUCCGUUCAUUCACGAACUGGGCUUUGGUGUGGCACCUGGCUUCCAGACCUUUGUAGCGACACAGGAGCAGAGGCUGACCUACCUGCCUCCCCCAUGGGGCGAGUGUGAGUCGAAAGCUCUGGAGUCUGGCUUUUUCCAGGUCUACAGUGUGACUGCCUGCAGGAUCGACUGUGAAACACGCUACAUAGUGGAGAACUGCAACUGCAGGAUGGUGCACAUGCCUGGAGAUGCUUCGUACUGCACACCUGAGCAGUACAAGGACUGUGCUGAGCCUGCCCUUGCUAAACUGUCUGCUGUGGAAAGCAGUAAUUGCAUGUGCAGGACGCCAUGCAACAUGACCCGUUACAACAAAGAGUUAUCCAUGGUCAAAAUCCCCAGCAAGACUUCAGCUCGCUACCUACAGAAAAAGUUCAACAAGUCAGAGAAGUACAUCACAGACAACAUCUUGGUGUUGGAUGUGUUCUUUGAAGCUUUGAACUACGAGACCAUCGAGCAGAAGAAAGCCUAUGAGGUGGCAGGCUUGCUGGGUGAUAUUGGUGGCCAGAUGGGUUUGUUCAUUGGAGCCAGCAUCCUCACCAUCUUAGAGCUGUUUGACUACGCAUAUGAGGUGGUGAAAGACAGACUACUGGACUUACUAAGCAGAGAGGAGGAGGAGGAGAGUCAUGGAGAGGAUGUGAGUUCCUGUGAUCCUGUGGCAAACCACUCAGAGUCCAUCAGCCACACCGUGACUGUCCCCUUGCAGACAACGCUGGGCACCCUGGAGGAGAUUGCCUGCUGAAGCCCGUCUCCCUUCCCCUCAGAGCAACAUAUAUCCAGUGGCUGCCUCCACUAGGUGGCGCUACAUCCUUUGCUACGGCAUCCUGCAGGACCUUAAAAAGGGAGGGGAGGAGACAAGGACAAGAACACUGGUUGGUCUAAGGACAGCGCUUUGCUCUGUCACACCCCUCCCCCCGUCUGAGGCACUAAUGGGGAUGAAGGAGCUGUCAGCUGGACUUAUCAGCACUUUUUGUCACCCUGCAAUGGGAGGGUGGCCUCUGCUGUGCCAAACCCGCAGUGGGGUCUGAGUCUCCACAUGCACGCACACACAAAAAAUGUGACUGGGUGGGACAAUAACCCAUAAAGGGGACUCAUCCCUGUGCAGCAUAUUUAUGUAAAAUAACACAAAUAUGUUGCUCACUGCCAAACGAACUGUACAAAAAUUGGUUUCGACUGUCCAAACUGCAUGCGUCGAUCUCUCUUGCUCUCUUUGCUGAUGCAUACGUUGGACUGCAGUGUUGCUUUACUCUAUAUGUGCGCCAUUUGCCCCGCCCCCCAUCUGCAGCACAGGCCUGUAACAAGGGCCCAGGUGAGACAUUGAACUUCGAAUGUACAGAUUGAACAUAUGGUUGUUUAAAAUCAUAGUUCAGGUGUGACCAAACCGUCUCUGAAAUCUAUUCUAAUGAGCAGUUUAUCAUUUCUUACAACAUGCAGCUAAUUAUCUUUGUAGUAGAAAGAGUUGGUGAAGUGUGAGGGAGAAAAAAACGUAAUAUUUUUUGCUUUGUUUAUUGAAAACAAUGUGAACAUUUUGGAGCCCACAUUCUGCAUAUUCUUUUCACCUUUCAGUUUCUGUUUAACGAGUUUACUCGAAGGCAAGUUCGCUGCGUGCAAUGCUAAGCCCUUCUUUACAGGCAUCUUUAAAAGGAUGCCAUAAGCUUACAUUUAAUUUAUGUGAAUAAAGGACUUGCUUCUGGCUCCUGCACUUCACCAGAGGAUUUAUUUGCCUGCCAGACAGCAAGCCUUGUACAAAACACUGCAGUAAAUGAAUACGGCCAGGGAGUUGUUAAACCAUUAUUUCAUUAAGAGAAUGUCAGGGUGAAAUUUUGGACAGCUAUUACCAUUUUAUCAAGAAUGGCAUCGUUUUGUCCUCGGCCAAAAGAAAUCCCCAAGCUUAACAAUUUUAAACCAUUUUCAUGAUUAUAAAAAUGAUUACAAAAGCACCAUGCGGAGUGUUUGGCCAGGAUGUUUGUUAGGAUACAGGGUCUGCUGUGUUAUGGUGUAAAUAAUUGUGUUUUAUUUUCUCUCUAUGGCUUUCAUAAAAACGGGUACCACGCAGAGAUGCCUGAAGCAAGUCUUAUUUAAAAGAACUUUGGUGAAACGUCAACUCCAGGUCCACAAUUGACUGCAUAUAUGUCACGUUUCUUUAAGAAUAUUACUCAUUCAGCAGUUCUAAGUAGGCCAGUAUGUUAUUGAGGUAGUUGAAUGUCGUGCUAAAAAUGAAAGACCCAUGCUUUUCAGUACAGGUUUAGCUGAAACUUGAGUGUACUCAAAAGCGACCAUUACACAGUACAUCGUGGCGUCACACCAAAAGCUUUUGUGAUACUACUCGGAAGAUUUAGUGUAUCUGAGUUUUUUGGGUUUGUUUUGUUUUUUUACAUUUCUAGCCCAUGAUCGUCCUGGCAUGGUCUCUGUCAUCAUGGUAAUGUACAUUACAGGUAGGAAUGAAUUCAAGUGCUUUGUUAGACUGUUUGAAUUAUGAUUUCCCAUCUGUGGCUCAACCUGCUGUCUGUGUGUACUAUCUCAUGUUGUGGCUUCAGACGAACACAGUCCUCAGCUACCCUGGAGGGGGGAACAUAAAUGUGUCUCUCUUCUCUCGCCGGCACCGACACUGGCUGUUUCUUCUGUCUACGUCAGCUUCAGUUGUUAUCGGAGGACAGCGUUUUCUCAUUUUGUGAUGCAACAUACAGUGUGUGUUUUUAAUGUGAAAUGAUUAAAUGAAAACAUUGUUUUGCAGCGGCUGGGGUGUUUUUGUGGUACGGAUGAGCAAGACAAGCCUGUUUGCGUAUCGCCGGUGAACAGCAAGGACACUUAAUGUGUUUUACAAGGGCAUCAAGCAGGAAAGAGGAACAGAAGAAGAGUUGCUGGGAAUGAAAACUGAGGAUAGUUUUAGUUAGGGCAUCUGCAACCUCAGCUGAAAUAAUGGCGUUACGUCUCUGUAAGCCGCUUUGCAACCCACAUACGCACCAGAUCCUUCUCUU